CAUAGUUCCUACCUGUGUAUUCUAAUGUAUAGGCCCUAACGGGCGGUGUUACAAAAUACUGGGCAUUUACAGGUGUACUUUCGCCAUGAUUGUCCAGGUUUUCACGGGAGUUGUUGUUGUAUACUUAUUUUCUCGUCUGAUUAAAUUUGGACGACAAUACCGCAAAUGGCUUCAUCUCAGCUCCAAAAUUACUGCGUUUGGAAAAAGACAUCCAAUCUGGGGACACCUUCAUUUAUUCGAAAACAUGCAACAAUACUUGAGAAUUGCUAUAGAUCUUGAACAAAGAACCAGGACUAGGUGCUACCAUGGCUGGAUUAUGUUCUUUUUUCCAUUCUUCGCGGUUUGUCACCCAGAAUCAGCGAAGGUUCUCCUAAAAUCCUCAGAACCCAAACCCAGGUACACCAUAGGCGGAUCUUACAGGAUUCUGUUACCGUGGCUAGGCGAUGGCUUGCUGCUGUCAGAUGGUCGGAAGUGGGAAAGAAAUCGUCGUCUGCUGACGCCUGCUUUCCAUUUUGAAAUACUCAGACCAUACGUUCAAAUCUACAACGACGUCUCUAAUGUUUUUUUGGAAAAACUCCAAAAGGCAUGCGACUCAAAACAAAGCAUAGAAAUUUACAGUUUGGUGUCACUGGCGACUCUAGACACCAUGUUACGGUGUUCUCUGUCAUACCACGGACGUGUGCAGGAAAUGGGAAAUAGCCAUCCUUACGUAGAUGCUGUCCAUAAAUUAGUCAGACUAGCCAUUAAACGCAUGAUGUCGCCAUGGCUGUAUCUUGAUUUCAUUUAUGGUUUAACGCCCAGUGGCAGGGAAAAUAAAGCAUUGACCAACUAUGUUCACCAAUUUGCAGAUGAAAUCAUUCAGUCUAGGCGCGAAGCAUUGAAGGCUGAUCCAGAUUUGAUAAAAACACGUCGAAGAGAUUUCCUAGAUAUUCUUAUAACGGCCAAAGACGAAAGUGACAUGGGCCUCACAUCAGACGAAAUUCGGGCUGAGGUCGAUACAUUCCUUUUUGAAGGACACGAUACAACGGCAUCAGCCAUUAGCUGGGCAAUUUACUCCUUGGCUAAAUACCCAGAAAUACAAGAAAAGGUUCACCAGGAACUCGUGGAAGUCGUGGGGAAACGUCAACAACUAGAAUGGGGAGAUUUAAAUGAACUGAAGUACAUGUCGAUGUUCCUACGGGAGGUCAUGAGGAUGCACUCCCCUGUACCAGUAAUAGCUCGACACCUUACAAAGCCGGUAGUAAUUGAAGGAGUGGAAAUCCCAGCUGGUUUUGUAAUAGAUAUCCCCAUACACGCAGUUAAUCAUCACCCAGACGUCUGGCCUGAUCAUAUGGAAUUUAAGCCUGAGAGAUUUGAAGAUGAGGCUAAGUUGUCUCGUGAUCCUUUCAGCUAUUUUCCAUUUUCUGCUGGAUCUAGGAAUUGCAUUGGACAGAAUUUCGCUAUGAAUGAACAGAAGGUUGUGAUUGGGUCCAUGCUAAAAAGAUUCAAAGUGAGUUUAGUGGAAGGUCACGUGUAUGAAGAAUUCCCGGAUGUAGUGAUGCGAUCAAAGUAUGGCAUCAAGAUAAAUCUAGAAGAAAGGAAAUAGUUACAUCUUAUGGCUCCAUCAGUGAGGAAUGUCAUAUUAGUUAAAACUUGAUAUUCAGGAUAGACAUUUUGAUAAUAAAUAUUUGCAUUCUAAUGACAUUAA